UUAAGUGAAUAUGUCGCAUUAAGCGCCACUCAGAUAAUUUAAGCAUGAACCAUUUAAAUAACAAAAAGCCACGUUAUGUUGCGCUGCUAUUGCUGCUAAGUGCAACGCUUCUACGUGCAACAGGUGUAAUACAGAUGGUUGAAAUCUGCUCGUUGUGUUUCUGCUUUGAAGACGUCGACAACGACGAGGUCACUGUUGAGUGUCUUGGUGGAGGACAGUCUACCAAAUUCUUCGACUUGAAGAGCAUCGUUUGGCCUGUGGCAAAGGAUGCCACCAGUGUACCGCUGAAAGUGCGAGCACACUUCGGGGGUCUACACUUGCAGCAUUUGCCAAAAAUUUCAACCAGGACGAACGUAGUAGAACUGACCUUCAAAAACACCGCAAUCAGUUCGUUCCAGAACGAACCGUUCGAGGGUUUCAAAAAUUUGGAAACCCUUACCGUAACUGGAAACAGGUUGGGUGUCAUCGAGAAAGAUUUCUUUGCUUUGAAAAACAAUCUCAAACGCCUGGAUCUGUCCAACAACUCGCUGACGGCGGUCACCGCCCUGGAGCGAUCUUCCUUCGAGCAACUCGAAUACAUUGACCUUUCCCACAACAAGCUGAAACUUAUUUCGGUACAUCUAACUCGUGCUCUGCAGGAUGCCAGCACGGUCCGGCUGGAGCACUGCGACCUCUACAACUGGGAAAGCGAUGGCUUACCGCGCUGGAAGUGGUUGUAUCUGAGUUGGAACAAGCUGACGGUGGUUGGAGGGAGCACAUUUUCCAACUUGCAACAGUUGCAAGCUCUCUACUUAUCGCACAACGAGAUCCAGUUUGUCGACCCACAAGCUUUCAGUAACCUGGAUCAGCUGAAUCAACUCGACCUGUCGUACAACUCCAUCACAAACUUAGCCGGAAAUCUAUUUCUUCCCCAAGCGUUGCACAUGGUAAGCAUGGCUGGGAACGGUGUCGAUCGCUGGCCUUUUGCAAAGAUUCCAGCAGACGUGCAAGUGUUGAACAUUCAGGAUAACAAACUGACGGAUGUGAAUCUAGGACAAACGGUGAACAUUUUGAUUCUGAACGCUAGCAACAAUCAGCUGGAUGUGUUUUUCGGGGAUUUCUUCCCGGAGCUGACCGAAUUGGAUUUGUCGGACAAUCUACUUACCGAUUUGCCUCGAAAUUUGGGAAAGCAACUGAGGAUAUUGAUCCUGGAUGGUAACCCGUUCAAGAGGGUCUUCUUUGAAAGUAGGGUUUCGUUAAAACUGUUGUCGUUGAAUCGAUUGCCGAAUCUGGUAGAGGUGGAAGCGUACAGCUUCUGGAAGUUGGUUGGAGUCGAAGAUGAGAAGGAACAAGAUUGCGUUGAGAUUCAAAUUUCGCACUGUCCCAAGUUGCGGAUCAUUGAAGCGAACGCAUUCGACGAAACGGAUCUGUGCAAGCUGGAUCUCAGCUACAAUCAAUUGACGUCCAUUCCGGAAAAUCUAACCGAAUGGGAAAAUCUACGCGGAGAAAUCAAUCUACAGGGAAAUCCUUGGGACUGUAGCUGCUCCGGACAGUGGCUGGUGGAUGACAUCCUUCCGUUGAUCUACCAAAAGGAAGAUCUGCAAUAUCUGUUGGAUGACUUGCGCUGUGCUGGGCCUGUAAGUCGUAAGGAUGCUCGGCUGGUGAAGUACCUUAAUCAUAGAGGGGCAUUUUGCGGAGGACCACAGCUGGCUCGUCUGGUAGACGGCACUCAGCCAGGUGAUCUUUCCAAAGCGGGAUUUCCGAUUAUAAUUUGCUCUGCCGACGAUGAAGCUUGCUGGCAUGUCCACAAGGGCACAGGAUUUAUAGCAUUCUGUGUAAUGCUGGCGGUCACGAUGCUGGUUAGUAUCGCUAUGUUGGUUGCUAUCGUCAUUCGAAGAAAACGGAAAACUCAAAAGAACACUUUUGAUAGCGAUUGGCUUAUGAAGAACAAUAAUUAUUAUGAAAAAUAAAAUUUUAAAAUACCAUCG